CAGCAACAGCACCGUCUGUUUCCUUUGCCUUGGCAACAGCACCCAAGAAAUCAUGGGUGGACGUUCUUGGUUUGACCCACUCAGGCGGCAUGUCGACUGAGCGUUCUGGAUCCUGCUGAGCUGCGUCUUGCUACUUGGUCGUGCUUGUACUCUCCGUCUUUUACGGUCGGGUUUCAGGGCAUCUAGUUGCGGAUCCAAUAGUCGUUAGAGAGCACAUGGCGGCGUGAAUCAGAUCAUGCUUCCCCAUGAUGGACCCCUUCCCUCCCAUCCACGCGGUCCAAGCGGACCAGGGCAGCAGCGCGCCGUACGGCGGCAGCAGCGCCGUCUCGCGAUCGCGGCUGCACCGAUCACACUCCUUUACGGGCGCCAACCCGCACAUGCACUACCUGCCGCACAGACUAGAGCACCCGUUACUGUCACCCUCUGCCGCCAGCAAUCCCCCGCUAGCCUUCGUCCUCUGCUCGGUUUCUCUCUUCCCAGUCGCCUCGCUCAAGGGUCGCCAGUCCCUGUUCGCGUGGCUGCUGCUCGCGUCCUCUCUCACGUGCCUCUUCUUCUUCUCCGGCUUUAAUCGCCUUCACCUGCGCGUUCGCUCCGCCGCCUCCGCCUCCUCCCGCGCCACUCCCGCGCCGCUGCCUCCGCUCAGCCGCGAGGAUUUUUGCGCAUCCACGCCCGCCGGGCGGGGCACGUCGGGCGCAGACGCCCCGGAGUCGGUGCUUCUGCGGUGGUCGGGGGGGAGCGGCUCCGACGGGUCCGCUCGGCUGCGGGGGAAUUCCGCUGGGGGCGCGGCAGUGGGCGGAGCGAGGGACAUGGCUGGAGGAAUUGGAGCGGGGGAUGGGGAGAAAGCGGCGACGUGCUCCAAGUGCAGAACACUCCAGUCGGUCCUCGAAGCGGCCGUGAAGUCUGCUGCCGGCGCUACUGGUAGCGCAACGGUAGGCGGUGUAGGUGGCGAAAGCGACACGGCGGCGGCGAGCGAGGAGGACGUGGGGUCGGCGUCGCCCGCGGAGCUGCUGGCGCGCGCGGCGCGGCGGUCCGUGAUCGUAGUGUCGUUCAGCGAGGCGUGGGCGCCCAUGAUGCGCUUCUUCCUGGAGCGGUUGAGAGCGGUGGAGGCGCAGGAGAGGAGGGCGCGCGAGGAGACGAGGCGGAGGGGGGAGGGGAGGGUUCAGGCUGGGGUUGAGAGGGAGGAGAGAGAGGGGGCGCGGAGAGCAGUGGAGGGUGAGGCGACGGGCAGAGGGCGAGACGACGGUGCAGGGGCGGGUGAGGACGCGAGCGGUGGUGCUGGCGAGCUGGGCGGGCUAGUGGCGCGGCUGGUGGUGGUGGCGUACGACGACGAGAGCUUUGCGACGUGCUGCGGCAUGGGGCUCAACUGCUACAUGGACUGGCAGGAGGACGCGGAGGAGAAAGACGACUUCAGCGGCGGGCAGAAACACUUCAUGACGCGCGCUUAUAUACACCUGGUGUGGCGCAAGGUGCACGUGGUGCACAGCAUGCUGCGCCUGGGCUACGACGUGCUCUUCACCGACACCGACAUCCUCUGGCUGCACAACCCCCUGCCGCUGCUCUGGCGCCACCCGCACGACCUGCAGAUGUCGGCUGACUGGUGGGCGCCCAAUGCACGCUCCGUGGUGGCGAACGGGGGGUUCUACGCGGCGCGGGCCAACGGCCGCACGCUGCGGUUCUUCCAGGACUGGCUGGCGUGGCACAGGCGGUGCCCGCAGUUCCGCAUACAGCAGGUGUUCAACUGGAUUCGCCCCGAGGCCAACCCCUUCACGCGCGUGGCGUCGCCCCUGCUGCUGCGCUACCUGCCCACGGACCUCUUCGGGGGCUUCUGUGAGAUGGGCCACUCGCUCUCCCGCCUGCUCACCGUGCACGCCAACUGCUGCCCGGGCCUCGGCAACAAGCUGCCUGUGCUCAAGCAGCUGGCUGCGGACUGGGAUUUUUUUUCAUCGCUGCCCGUGGCUGCCCGGGAGAGCAUGGAGGAGAGAGGGUUUGAGUGGAGGGGGCGCAACUGCUCGAGCAACUGGAAUAAGCUGCCCCGAGACACCCCCGUGGAAUCGUCGUAGGAGACGCAGGUGGUUAUUUAGGCCACUUAGUAACAGUGAUUUGUAAUGGUACGUUUAGAUACGUACAUGUGCAGUGCAGUGUAGGUGUAGAGGCUGAUUGAGGCCAUAGGACUUACCUGAUGAAGGUUCCUUCGGCCACCAUAUAGCAGAGACCCCUUGGGCUAGGUCCUAUCAGGCAUGUAGUGAGAGCCUCAUGGCUUUCCAUUCCACA